UUUUGUAAUAAUUAUGACGUCGGUUAUGUCAAAUCUGACCACCACUCUAAAAUGAAUAUCACAUGGAAAAGUCUAAAAUAACUUGUCAAAAACGUGCGAAUGACCUCUUUGUGAACUCGACGUGGCUAUCACCUGGCAACUCGGGAAUUGAUUUAUAUGAAGUAUUGAAUAGGGAAAUCACAUUUUCAUGGCAAAUGCAAAUGUCAGAAGAGGUAUGUCUAGUUGCGCCAACCAUUUUCUAUUUUAAGAAACAUUUUAUAAUUGUACUUUGUAUGCAAGAACCGUGUAACGCUCCCCAAAUCGUGACCAUAUUGUUCUGAACUAUGUCAUUGCACCCACGUUACUUCCUUUAAAUACAUAAAUAACAGGAGUAGUUUGAACGAUAUCGUUUGGCAAUUCUACAUAACCUUUAAUGAGGCAUUCAAGACAAUUCUCGUCUAGACAAAGUAUACAAGUCAACAUGCAAUACUUCCAUUCUUCAUAAUAAAAUAAGGUACAUUUCAUUGGCAUGUCCGGCGAUUUGGUUAGUGAUUAAUUGGUAUUUAGUUUGAAUAGUACCACAAGCAGUUAGUAUUUUCACAGUGAAUGCCUUAAAUUACUUCAUUUGGAUAUUGCUACCGUAUUUUAUGUGCAUUUUAAACCAAUUACUUAUGUUUUACGUUAACAUGAAAUCGAGAAUGUUCUAUCGCAUUUAUAACGCCAAUAAUAGUAAAAACUGUCUGGUUCGAAAAAAACAUCACAGACGAUGAUGACGAAAAUAGAUACAUCGUUAACUUUGACCCCAGAAAAAGGUUGCGCCUCUAGACGUUUGUCUGCUCAUAAUCCAAGUUCGAUAGUUGUAUUAAAUCAAGAGAAUGCUUUUCAAAUCAUUACUUUUUAAUUACCUUUUAUAUUGAGGGUGUAAUAUAAUCAUAGAUCAAAAAAUAAAUACGAAUAGUUGUGUGUGUGCAUGAGGAAGAGAUAAUAUUACUCAUAGAUAGACAGUGUUCAUCAAUGAAGAGCGUCAGGUAAACCAUCGAUAUGAAUAUGAAUUACGAUCAAGCAAUUUGUAAACACUAAUAUUUUUUUAAACUGCAUCUCAUUAUGACUGACUAAAAAUUACUACAACUCAAAUCAGAAAUCAUAACAAGUGGAAGUAAUGUUGUCUACAACUGCACUUAUUAUUCGAAAACUUUUUGAAUUCUAGUUUAUUGUGAUGCCUCCAUGAGUGCUAUUUUUAUGCGUUUAUCAUUUUUUAAGUCACGACAAUUUCUCAAUCGUGCCGUUGAAGCAGCUUCUACAUCAUUUCCUUGAUAUGUUUUAAUUUUAUGUGAAUAAAAAAAUAGUAUAGUCAGUAAUAUUUUCGUACAGUCAUCACAAAUACUUUUGGAUGUCAGUGAGCAUUGGUGGUCAUUGCGAAUUAUUCCAGGUAAUUUCUGUUCAUGAUAUCAUGAGAAAAUAUUUAAAGUUGAAAGUAGGUUUCAAUCAUCGAAAUUAGGUGGAAUUGUACUAGUUACAUAAGCCAUCGACAAAAAGUGAAAUGGGAACUAAACUUAGACAAAACUGGUUAGCAUAUUAAGAUGACAGAAUUAAGAAUUAAUCGCUUGAUACACCAGAAUUUCAUCAAUUACGUCAAGAACGGAAGUAAAUAGAGAAAGUACAAUUGGUGUCGUACCGGAAAAGAAUAAAACGACAAGAUUUGAUUGUCGAAGAUACAAAUGCCGUGAAACUCCGCCAGGGAAUGGCUUCAGCAUCUGUAAUGAGAAAACAGAAUAGAAAAACGUCGAUGUUCUCUGGAAGGCUACACUUUUGCUGUGAUCAUUGCUCAGAUGGCAAGUUGAUAUAAAUGGAAUGAAGAACUCUGGGUAAUUCGAAAAUGUUCCUGCUUCGUUGUUUACGCAAUGUAUUUUCUGAUCGUGUUGCGGUUGCGUACAAUCAUCAAAUGAAUUUAAUUAUUCGUAUCCGUAACAUGGGCAAAUAAAUUCUCACGAAAACUGGUGGACAUUGCAAUUGUAAGGUUUACCAGGUCGGUUGAAGCGAAAGUUUCGGGAUAGUUCGACGUGCUUCUUCUGUUAUUGCACCAAGAUGAUUCAAUUAAAAUACGUCGGCAUCUUAUUGGUAACAAUAUUAGUUCUCGCAAGAUCAGAAGGCGAUAGAAUUCGAAGAUCCUAUGCACCGAAUUGGAACAUGUGGCGCGGAAUUAUCAACCAACCUUACAUGUACCCAUUGAACUACCAGUAUGCCUACCCAAUAAUACAACGUGUGCACCCUACAAUUUCUACGAAAAGGGUAACAACGGAGCAGAUCACGAGUCAGCCAACGACACCCACCAUAGCCAAUACCAUAAGCACUACUACAACAAUAGAACCUACUACAACAGCAGAACCUACCACAACAAAUACAACGACAACUGUUACAAAUGACACCCAGAGUGAAUUUGAACGCAGUUUUACUUUAACGCCAACUGCCAACAACAGUAAUAUUUUGCAAAAGUGUAAAAACGUUCGAUUCAAGUCUCUCAGAGAUUCUUGCAUAAGAGUAGCACAAAAUCCAAUUCUUAAAGGUAUGGACGACGUAAAGGGAUAUAUAGGAGAAGAAGAAAACAAUCAACCGACUCUGCUUAUAACGAGAGGAUUCUCAUUUCUCAAGCCAACGCUUGGGACACAAACAAUAUGCAAUGAACCAGAAACCUGCCCCGAUUAUACAGUGGACGACAGACCAACUCGGAAAAAUCUAUUAAGUUUAUCGCCGUGGGUCAUGUGUCGCGAAUAUGACCCGAAUAGAUUCCCGCAAUGGAUUAACGUGGCAAAAUGUCUUUGUGGAGGUUGCAUUAACUACCGGACUGGACAAGAAGAAGUCGGUGACGUGGUGUCCCAAGAAUUGAGAGUGGACAUUAAUGUUCUCAAAAAAGACAUUUUGACCCGAACAUUUGGUCAAUGCACACGUAAAACUUGCCGAGAGGAGGUACAAAGUGUAGCGAUAGGAUGUCAUUGCGCAUUAGCUGAUUUACGUGUAAAGUGAAUAUUCGACAUAAGAAAUUAAGAAUCAAGUUCUUCCCACUUACGUGAUAUUUUUAUUUUAUCAUUGAUAUGUUUUUUGUAUUACUUUUCGUAAUAUUUAAAUUUUCCUAAUGCUAAUAUUCUAUUGUCCAUUGUUUCCAUGUAUUUAUGAUCUCUGCUGACUAAAGAAUUCAAGCUAUAUUCGAGUGAAAGUUUAAUCUCUAGUGUUUCUAUUUGGUGCUAUAACAAAAUUGUUUUUUUAGAUCAAAUUUAUCAUUAAUCACAACUUAAGAUACAAAGUGUAAAAAAUUAUUAUUAAUCGAGACACCUAAUUUACCACGCACAAUAAACCUUGGUCCCCCACCGAUUAUUCGUGACCUAAUAUGUCCCAUUGUAAAACAAUUAAUCCCAGAUUGAAUUAAUGCAUUAGAUUCGUGUCGUCGUGGAUUUUCUUCGAUUUUAAAUAAAUUUAUCAUUUUACGCAGGUGUAACUCAAACGAGUCGAGACAGCCUGGCCUCUGUUUUGCGAAUUCCAAAACGGGACAUUUGAUUGAUUAUUUCAUUUUACUGAAAUAGCUUUCGUGACUCGAAGUUACACAAUGCUAAAAUAAGACAACACAAAAGCAUAAAACGAUCCACUUAGCAGCAUUCACUAUUUGAUGCCAUUUAGUGUCGAUUGUUCGUAUCAUUAGUAUGCGAGGACUAGCAUUUUAGGAUAAGGACACUUUUGGCGUUCAUAACAUGCAUCAGUAUAAUACUUGAAUAAUAUAAUUUAAUACCUGAAUUAUAAACUGUAAUUAAAUGGUUAUAUAAUAUAUGACAUGUUUAUUAUACUACAGAAAAAGUUACUACAAAAUUCUUAUCGUAUUGCAUUGUGUCUAAAUUGUUUUGUUUUGCUUUUUGUAGAUAAUUAAUAAUAUAGAUAUAAUAAAUACAAACUAAACGACGAAUACUAUGAAAUGUAUUCUAAUAUUAAAUCUGAUGCUCUAUUGGCUAAUCACCAUUGUUACGGGAAAAUGUAUUUCUACACCGGAGGGAACGAAAUGCACGCCGGAUACAACAAUAUACAAUCCACUGAAUGGACCGCCCGGUGGUCUUUUUGACAAAAGAGAGCAGCAACCAAUGAAGGCAACUCCUCACCAUGAACAGCUAUAUAAGCAGUGCCUUGAUAUUCGUAACCGGGAUAUGCGUAGUGCCUGUAUAAGAAUAUCUAAGAAUCCUAUUCUAAAAAAUAUGGGAAACGGCACAAAAGGUGUUAUAGACGACAGAGAAUUGACUUUUCCAUUUAUUAUCGGUCGAGGAUUACACUUCCAAUUUAUUUCGGAACACGUGGUUCAAAACGUUUGUGAUCAAAAAAUGAAUUGCCCAGAUGGAGAAGAGUUAAAGAGAACUGAUGAUAAUAUGUCUAGUUUGUCUCCGUGGAAAUAUUGUAUGCAGUACGAUUCGUUAAGGUAUCCCCAGUGGAUAAAUGUCGCUCAGUGCUUAUGUAGCGGAUGCUUACAUCCAUUCACUGGAGCUGAAAUUCAUGGCAACGUUCUAUCCAAGGAAAUUCACGUUGAGAUAAAUGUUCUUCGGAAAUUCUCGUUAAAGCAUCCAUUCAGCAAGUGUAAUCGAAAAAUCUGCGAAGAAACGACUCAAAAAAUACCAAUCGGAUGUCAUUGCCAAAUUGCCAAUGUUCAGAAUGUAUAAAGUAGAUGAAAAAAAUUCGAUUGUAGUAGAAGACGAAAGAUAGUUGGUUGACGAACGACAUCUAAACGUCAAUGGUGAAAUUAUCUGAGAUCCCUCCGAUUAUGCGUCACUGAAUAGGAUGUUGACGAGUUCAAGGAGAAAUAUUCAAACUCCAAUAGCCCAAAAUAUUUUGUUUCAAGACCAGAAUUUUACCUGAUAAAAUAAUUUAUUUCUCGUAAUCAUUGAUGAACCGAGACCGUUUUUAAAUAUAAUCGUUUCAAAGUAAAUUAGCAGAUGCUGAGAAAUUUAUGGUAUCUCAUUUUGUUACGACGUAACAACAUGAAAGUCCUAAUGAAUUAGACAGUGUGGGCAGCAUCAAUACAUCUUAAAGCUUCAAUAAUAUUUUUUUUGUGAAAAUUAAAUGAAAUAUCAAGACAACUACCUAUUAUGUGUUCUGAAAUAUCCUAAAAAGAGAUCUAAUAUAACAAAAGUGCAAAGUUGCAUCGGUGCUUGCGAAGUUGGAAGACUAUCCCAUCGAUGUCUGUUUAUCUUCGAGUUUCAACACACAAAACGUCAAACUAUCCGAUUCUAACGAUUUUUUACUUUUAUACUAUUACCAUGUUAACUUGUUAAGGAUAUAUUAUUUGCUUGAAACGUUGUUUCAACUUUAUAUACUUAUAUUUAUUAUCGUGUUAUUAUAUUUUGGUGAACUUUUAUUUUAUACACAAUAUCUAAGGCAAGAUAUUAUAAUUUUAUGUCCAAUAGAAUCUAUUUAUUUGAGCAACACUGCCGAUAUAUUAAAAUAUCUUUAAACAGAAUCUACAUUUGAUUUGUCAAAUUCUCGUGAGUUGUGCCAGUUCAGUCGACUACAUAUCAAUGCAGAA